AUGACGGCAAAAAAAACCGAGGGCUUUGUCCUCGAGGCCGAGCACCUUGAGGAGCUCCUCCGCAGCGCCGUCAAGGAGGAGCUGGGCGUGGGAGCGAGCGGAAGGGCGCUGCUCAUCCGCUGGGGCGAGGGCGACGCCGUGCUCAAGCUAGCCCAUUCCGAAAUCUUGGAGAACUCGACGUACUCCGACGAUGUGCUGCUCCGCCUGAGCCUCCGCCUGUGCGUCACCGUUCAGGAGGUGCACGACAGGGGCUAUAUUCACAACGACCUCAUGGACGACAACGUACUCGUGGACGAGGCCACAGGGCGCGUCAGCAUCAUCGACUUCGGCAACGCCUGCCGCCCUGGCCAAGACGUCGGCUACAGCGCCAGUUCCAACGUCAAUCUGGCGCCCGAAAUCCUGGGCGGCGGCCCGAGCACCGCGGCCUCCGACGUUUUCUCGGUCGGCUUCCUGCUGGGGCAGAUCCUCGACGAGAUGGACCAGCCCUCCAGGACGCUUGGGCGACUGGCGCGGGAGAUGCAGAGUUCAGAUCCCCGCUGGAGGCCCGCUCUGCCCGCCGUCAUCCAGCGCCUCGACAGUUGCUAA